GCAGGGCUGAGCUCAAGGACGCACGCGCGCCGCCUCGCUCGACCAAUCAGAAGGGCGUGAGCGAGCCUUCCGGCAGAAAUACCCGGCGCAAACAGGAAGUGUGGCAUUCGGCUCUCGGAACUGUGGGUUGGCGCCAUGGAGGCCUACGAGCAGGUCCAGAAGGGGCCCCUGAAGCUGAAAGGCGUCGCAGACCUCGGCGUAACCAAGCGGAAGAAGAAGAAGGACAAGGACAAGGCGAAGCUCCUGGAGGCGAUGGGGACGAGCAAAAAGAGCGAGGAGGAGAAGCGGCGCUGCCUGGACAAGCGGACCCCGGCGCAGGCGGCCUUCGAGAAGAUGCAGGAGAAGCGGCAAAUGGAGCGGAUCCUGAAGAAAGCAUCCAAAACCCACAAGCAGCGCGUGGAGGACUUCAACAGGCACCUGGACACCCUUACCGAGCACUAUGACAUCCCCAAAGUCAGCUGGACCAAGUAGGCCUGCAGAGUCUUCUGGAAACUUCAGCCACACUGCCCUGCACCUGCCCCGCUGAGGCGGAGCUCUCAGAAACUGUCCUUUUGUCCUGGAACCUGAUUAAAACCACACUGACUGUCCCUUUCCUCCAUGUUGAUUUGCUCAGUAGCACAGAGAGGAGAACCCCAGUUAGGUUGCACUGGAAAGUUGGGGAUUCUCCAGAGGUCAGGGUCAUUCCAGGGUGAUUGCCAUGGAAAAGCACCCCCAGUCGCGCCUCAUGCCCAGGCCACCAGCUGCCGUCGCUGGGGUGACAGACUCCUGGAGUGAGGAGCCGGUGCCACCAGCCCCGUGGGUGCUCUCCGGCGUGGGACCCACGCUGUCCUCAGGCUGUGGCCUCUGCGACCACAAGGCCAGGGCAGAUGUUGGCCCUGUCUCCUGCACUUGGGCCAACACGAAGUCCCCAGCACCGGUGUCUGCCACAGUGACGCUGCCCACCUGGCACAGCUCUGUGAUGGGGUGGGCACAGUGCAGAAUUAUUACUCACUUGGAAAACAGUAGAUGGCACACUGGUUACGCCACAGUCUGCAGUGGAGAGCAGUGAAGUCCACGUUGAACAGCUGUUGUCCAAAAUCCAUGGGAUCAGAAGUGGCCUGGGUUUCAGAUCUUGGGUUGGGAUAUUUGCAUGUACAUAAUGAGGCAUCUGGGAGAGGGAACCCAGGUUUAGAUAGGUCGUCCUGUUUCACACGCCCCACCCCGACACCCCAGGGUCAUUUCGUGGGGUAUUUUUAUUAGUGUAUUCUGCAGUGCAUAAUAAAUAUACUUACUGUGAAUUGGGACGUA